AUGCUAUACAUCGGCAAAUACGACUAUGCUCACCAAUAUUUCACACUACCUCUUCAAAGUAAUCAAUUAUCACAGUCAGUUCUUCCAAGACAUUAUUAUGGUAUUGGAACAGUUUACAGUUUACAACAUGAAUAUGACAAAGCAUUAGAAUACUAUGAGAAGGCACUCGAAAUUCAGCUAACGUCCUUACCAUCAUAUCAUCCAUCAUUAGCACCUACAUAUACUAAAAUUGGAUUAGUUUCUCAAGCAACACAUGAAUAUGAUACAGCAUUAGAAUAUUAUGAAAAAGCACUACAAAUUCAGAUGAAAUCUUUACCACAAUAUCACCCAACAUUAGCAACUAUAUAUACUACUAUUGGAUCAGUUUACAAUGACAGAGAUGAAUACGACAAAGCAUUGGAAUAUUAUGAAAAAGCACUAGAAAUUCAGAUGAAGUCCUUACCACGAUACCACCCAUCAUUAGCAACUACAUAUACUGCUAUGGGAUUAGUUUACAAUGACAGAGGUGAAUACAAUAAAGCAUUAGAAUAUUAUGAAAAAGCACUAGAAAUUAAAAUGAAGUCAUUACCACCAUGUCAUCCAACGUUAGCAACUACGUAUAUGAAUAUUGGAGUAGUUUACAGUAGAAAAGGUGAAUAUGGAAAAGCAUUAGAAUAUUAUGAAAAAGCACUACAAAUUCAGAUGAAGUCCUUACCACCAUAUCAUCCGUCAUUAGCAACUGCAUAUACUAAUAUUGGAUUAGUUUACAAUGACAGAGGUGAAUAUAAUAAAGCAUUAGAAUAUUAUGAAAAAGCACUGGAAAUUGAGAGGAAGUGCUUACCAUCAUAUCACCAAUCAUUAGCAACUACAUAUACUAAUAUUGGAUUAGUUUACAAGGACAGGGGUAAAUAUGAUAAAGCAUUAGAAUAUUAUGAAAAAACACAAAAAAUUCAGAUGAAGUUUUUACCACCAUAUCAUCGAUCAUUAGCAACUACAUAUACUAAUAUUGGAGCAGUUUACAAUGACACAGGUGAAUACGAGAAAGCAUUAGAAUAUUAUGCAAAAGCACAAGAAAUUCAGAUGAAGUCCUUAUCACCAUAUCAUCCAUCGUUAGCAACUACAUAUACUAAUAUUGGAUCAGUUUAUAAUUACAAAGGUGAAUACAGUAAAGCAAUAGAAUAUUAUGAAAAAGGACUAGAAAUUCAGAUGAAGUCCUUACCACCAUAUCACCCAUCAUUAGCAACUACCUAUAUGAAUAUUGGAUCAGUUCAGAAUGACAAUGGUGAAUACGAUAGAGCAUUAGAAUAUUAUGAAAAAGCACUAAAAAUUAGAAUGAAACUCUUACCACAGUAUCAACCACUAUGA